UCAACGUUGUCAAGCUUGACCGUUACUCUUUGUAACGGAUUUGUUUUAUUAGAUUAGUAAUAUGGGUAAUUACAGUGUAAACUGUUGCCGAUAACAAUUACGUGACUUCUAAUUGCAGUCAAAAGUGAUAAGAGUAAUUAAAACCUUGCGUAAAUGGAACCAAAACAAUUUCAAUUUGGCAACGCUGCCCCAAAUUCCUGAAGUUUGCUGUAAUUUUAAAUUUGUUAUGUAACUUUUUAAAAUUCUAUUUUAAGUUAAACCGUCUCGAAUUUAUUUUAAGUAUGUUUUUAGCCUUGUAGAAUUUUUAGAAUAAACUUUCAUCCUUUUUUCUAACUCUUAUUUUGACUAACUUCCAAACUGACCAAUGAAAUCGUCUCAUUUCGAACGCGUUGUUUUUGUGAUCAAGUAAGCGUCUGUCUGGUCACGGCGUCUUGUAAACACAAUAAUAUUUUUCGAAAUAUUUUAAAAAUACUUCAACAACACCGUCGCAAUUUAAGCUUUCACGAUGGUAUUGAAAUCUAAAGGGGCCUUGAAAGGUCAACCGCCUCUUCCUACGGAAGCUUCCGAGGAUUCUAGGCGGCCAAAAAGCCCUCCCAGGCCCAAAAGUCCUUCCCGGAAAAACCCCUCCAGAAGUCCGGCCCGGACGAAAAGCCCGGCACGCGCCAAGAGUAAAAGCCCGGCUCGUAAAAACCCUGCCAGGACUAAAAGGGACUCGCCGCCGCUUCAGGCUUCCACUCCCAAAGUGCCCUCUCCAAAGGCACGUAGCCCUAUCAGGAGAAGCCCAAGUCGGAAGUCCCCCACGAGGGCUGUCAAAACAACCAUUACAAAAAGCGCAGAGACUUAUUUCUCAGAGAGGGUGUCUCGGCCGCGCCGGACACGGGUUGAUAUAGACACAGACUCUGAUAACCCCGACGGGGACGUACCCCACUCGCACGAAAAGCCCCAAGCGGCCGUUAGGGGGCGCGCAAGACGGUUGGAGGUCCAAGUUGAGAAGUUAAAUGUUAAUGCUGACUCAAGGUCUAGCCCUUUCAAUCUUAUCAAACGCGUGACGAGAAAUUCGCAAAAUCGCGAAGUUGAGAGAGUCGUUCAUUUGAAACAUUUUGAUAGUGUGGCGAAGAAAAUGGGCGAGUUUUCAGAUGAGGACGAUAGUUUGAUGGUCAGGAAAUCGGUCUCGGUUGAAAGGGGGCAAGAAUUUCGACAAAUAACCGAAUUUGGGGGCGUUUGGGGGGCGCUCUUUUACAUAUUUGUCACUCCUUUGACGAUCAUUUGGUUAUUGGCGGCGUGUAACGAAAACCAGUGCUCGUUCACUCAAUUACCUGAUCUGAAAAAAUAUUCGAUUUUAAAUACAUGGUUUGAUCUGACUUCGAUUUUGGGUUUUUUCGGUUAUGCGAUUUUUUUGGCAAUUUUAUCAGUUAUUCCUUUUGGGGGUAAACAGAUUACCGGGUUGGCGACAAAACAGGGGAAAUUUCAUUAUAUAAUGAAUGGUCUUUUUUCGUGUUUUGUACUUAUAAUGCUCGGAAUUGGGUUAGAGUUGAAGAAAAUACCGAUUUGUGAGUUUAUAAUCAAACAUUUAUUCCAUUUGACAAUUGCGUCGAUUUUAUUCGGAUUUAUUUUGACGUUUUAUGCUUUUGUACGAAGUUUCUAUGUUCCGUUUAAUGCUUUAAAUGCUCACGUUGUUGGGAGGAAUAAAAUUUAUGGCUUUUUUAUGGGGAGGGAAUUGAAUCCACAAGCGUUUGGACUUCUCGAUCUGAAAAUGUACGUCUUUAGGCUGGCUUUAAUUGGAUCUGUACUGCUAGAUCUGGCACUUCUUUACAAUUCCUUAGGUCUAAACACCACUGAAUCGUUUAAAACAAUGGAUUUGAAAUCGUUAUCAAUCAACCCAACUUUGGUUAUUCUUGUACUAAUUCAUUUAGUAUAUUAUUUGGAUGCUUUGGCACAUGAAACUGCUUUUGUAUCAUCGUUUGAAAUUCAGUAUGAAGGAUUUGGGUUUAUGUCAGGCGUUGGUUAUUUAAUAUAUCCUAUAAUGAUGGCUUCUGUUACGAAAUACGUUGUUGAUUAUGACGUCACGUUACCAGUCUGGAAACUUACUUGGAUCAAUCUAAUUUUUAUCGUUGGAUAUAUUUUGUUUAGAGGAGGUAAUAAUCAGAAGGACGCUUUUAGAAAGAAUCCCUACGAUCCUGCACUCUCACAUUUGGAAACAAUUCCGACUACUAAAGGCAAGAAACUUAUUUGUUCCGGAUUUUGGGGCAUCGUCCGUCAUCCGAAUUACUUAGGGGAUAUUUUAAUGAAUAUGUCUUUUAUUCCUUUCGCUACCCUCGUACCACCAGUUGUGACUUCAAUUUCUAUUAUUUUAUUUUUAAUUCAUCGUUCUGUUAGAGAUAAUGUUAGAUGUAAACAGAAAUAUGGGGCUGCAUGGGACAGAUAUUGCAGUAAAGUUAAAUACGUACUAGUGCCGAAAAUCUACUAGCUUUAAAAAUUACUGUUAAAAUGCCUGAAUUUUUAUGUACAUACCUUUAACACAACACACCGCAAAUCAUGAUGUUCAGAUAUUUAUCAGUAAAUAUUUUAUAAUCUGAACACGACCAUUUUUGGACUUCAACCAAUCAGAUAGUAUGUGUAAUAUUUACAUGUUAUUUUUAUGCAAAGUAAAGUUUUACUUUUUUGCUCAAGAAUCGUUUUGCAUAAAAAUCUGAUUGGGAAUCGAGAAAAUGAGAAUAUCUUUUACGUUUAGAAGUAAGUUAUCGUAGGUUUAGUAAUUUUAAUUUUAUUGGUGUGAGUUUAGCGAUUUUAUGCCAUAUUUUACCAGUUGUAACGACAAAGUACAAACUGAACACAUUGUACCAAAUUUGUUUUAGUCCCAGUGGAGUUUUUGCUCUCUCAGUAUACAACAGCUAUAUUUUAAUUUAUCGUGAUCUCAUAGCUAGAUUGUGCAAUGUUAUUUGACAAAAAAAUAAGGUUUACAUCACGGAAGUUACAAUUUUCAUUUAUAAAUAAACGUUUUUAAACCUAAAUAAAAACGAAAAUUGUAUUAUUUUUGUAUGGAAACGUGCGGUUCAUAAUGUGACUUAUGUAUAAAUUGAAUUUCACCAUUUUAAUAAUCAAAUUAUUAAUUAAUUUAAAAAUUUUUAAACGUUAUGAUUUACUAUUAAAAAAAUACGUAAGUGUGAAAAGUAACACUUGGUACGUAUUCAAAAAGCGCCACUAAACUUUUAUUUUAUAUCUCAAUUUAUUGAAAUUAAAAAUGAAUUUUAUAUUUCUCUGAAAGUGUCUGAAGUUUAGGAGUAAAACAGAUUGAUAUCUACUUACAGAUUGUUUUAGAAUAAAUUUUUGUAAAA